UUGUUCAGCUUUAACGCCCGGGAUCUGCGCUUCUCCCGCACAAUGAUCUUUGCCAUCGAGGAGAUAAACAGCAGCACUGAUCUGCUGCCAGGCAUCAAACUUGGAUAUCGGAUCUAUGAUUCCUGCGUGUCGGUUCCUGUUUCGGUGCACGUGGCAUUUGAACUAACAAACGGUGAGGACCCCUUGUUCUACGAAGGCAUGAACUGCUCCCGGUCCGGUGUGGUGAUGGCUGCUGUCGGAGACGCGGGAUCCUCUCCCUCCAUCAGCGUCUCACGUGUUAUUGGACCAUUCAACAUUCCUCUGGUGAGCCACUUCGCCACUUGUGCUUGCCUAUCAGAUAAGAAACAGUUCCCAACUUUUUUCAGAACCAUUCCCAGUGACCAUUAUCAAGCUGAUGCACUGGCCAAGAUGGUGAAAUACUUUGGUUGGACUUGGAUAGGAGCCGUCCACUCAGACUCAGACUAUGGAAAUAAUGGCAUGGCCUCUUUUCUGGAAGCUGCUCUCAGAGAGGGGAUCUGUGUGGAGUACACUGAAUCCUUUUUCAGAACUGACCCACAGAUCAAGAUCAAAAGAGUUGCAGACGUUAUCCGUAGAUCAACAGCAAAGGUUGUUCUGGCAUUUACGGCUGUUGGCGAAAUGAAAGUCCUUUUAGAGGAGCUGGCGUUGGACCCUCCUCCACCUCGUCAGUGGAUCGCGAGCGAGGCCUGGGCAACUGACCCAAACCUGAUGAGAUUCAGUUUCUGUGCGGGGGCAGUCGGGGUAGCCAUUCAGAAAUCUGUCAUUCCAGGAUUGAGAAACUAUCUUCUGGAUCUCUCUCCCUCUGAAGUGGCAGCUUCCUCAGUGCUGACUGAGUUCUGGGAGGAUACCUUCAGCUGCAGCCUGACAGAAAGUUCCAGUCUCCGUUUGCUCAGAGAGUUGUCCUCCAGGAACUCGCAAAGUGUUGCAGAAAGGAAAACCAAUCUGCUGCUAUGACUGUAUACCAUGUCCUGAAGGAGAGAUCAGUAAUAUGACAGAUUCUCCUGACUGCUUCCCAUGCCCCAGAGAGUUCUGGCCAAAUUCAAACAGAGAUGCUUGUUUCCACAAACCUGUGGAGUUUCUUU